AUGACGAAGGAAAACCAAAGUGUAGUGACAGAAUUCAUCUUGCAAGUCCUCUCCUCCCAGCCAAGGACACAGACUGUCCUUUUCAUUGUGUUCCUGGUUGUGUAUCUGUUCUCCAUGGUUGGGAACAUCCUGAUCAUUGCAGUGGUCAGAGUUGACUGCCAGCUGCAGUCACCCAUGUAUUUUUUCCUUGCCAACCUGUCCUUCAUAGACAUUUGCUUCAUCUCCAGCUUCAUCCCCCAGAUGCUGGUGAAUUUUGUGACCAAGAAGAGCACCAUCUCCUUCUCUGGAUGUGCUGCCCAGACAUAUUUCUCUCUGAUUUUUGGCGUAACAGAGUGUGUCCUGCUUGGGGUCAUGGCCUAUGAUCGGUACAUGGCAAUCUGUCACCCCUUGCUCUACACCACUGCCAUGAACAGGAAAGUUUGCACUCUCAUGGUGGUGGCCUGCUGGAUCAGCAGCCUGCUGAGCUCCACGUAUGUCAGUGGCCUCACCUUUCAGCUGCCCUUCUGUGGGCCUAACACCUUGAACCAUUACUUCUGUGAAGUGCCAGCACUGCUGGUCUUGGCCUGCACUGACACUGCCUUCGUGGAGCUGGUCGUCUUCAUCUUCAGCAUCCUCAUAGCCCUGAUCCCUUUUCUUUUGAUUGUCUUUUCCUAUGCCCAUAUUUUUUCCACCAUUUUAAAGAUUCAAUCUACAGGUGUGCAGUACAAGACCUUCUCCACCUGUGGAUCCCACCUGAUGGUGGUAACCAUAUUCUAUGGGACAGUCAUCUGCAUAUACAUGAAUCCUACCUCCAGGACUCGCCAGGACAGGGACAAAGUGGUUUCACUCUUUUACACCAUUGGAGCCCCAGUGCUGAACCCUCUCAUCUACAGCCUCAGGAACAAGGACAUGAAGCGUGCCCUGAGAAAGGCAAUGAACAGCCCCAAAUCCCUCUUUAUUUAA